UAAUGUGCACUUUGUCCGUGUGAGUGUCAGCCCGAAGAAGAAACUUUGCUGAAGCUCCUCCCACAGAUACUGGUGUUUUUAUGUGGAGCGAAAGAGAGUUGUACCGACAGUCAGCUUAGAUUACACACUGAAGUCUGCCUCCACUUCAUUAGUGUCUUAAUAAUAUACAACAACAUUUAUUUACUCUCCUCAUCGCAAACAAGUGUUGGACAUGGGAUUCCUGCUCACAAAGAUGUUGGCUGUGUUUGGUGACAGAGAGCACAAAGUCAUCAUAGUGGGUCUGGACAACGCAGGAAAGACGACCAUCCUCUACCAGUUUCUGACAAAGGAGGCCGUCCACACGUCCCCGACCAUCGGCAGCAACGUUGAGGAGAUCAUCGUGCGGAAGACACACUUCUUGGUUUGGGACAUUGGAGGACAGGACAGCCUUCGAGCCAGCUGGAACUCGUACUUCGGCAACACGGAGAUUGUCAUCCUGGUUGUGGACAGCACCGACCGGGAACGUCUGACUCUAACCAAAGAGGAGCUGCAUCGAAUGCUCGCACAUGAGGACCUACAGAGAGCAGCCGUCCUCGUUCUGGCCAACAAGCAGGACAUGAAAGGCUCGAUGACGGCGAAAGAGAUCUCUCAGUGCCUCACACUCGACUCCAUCACCACUCACUCCUGGCAUGUCCAGGCCUGCUGUGCCCUGACAGGAGAGGGUCUACCUGCCAGUCUGGAUUGGAUGAGGUCAAGGGUCGUAGCAAACUAAAGAAGUGGAUCAAACUUCCUGAUACUGAGCCAACCUCAAAGACGUUGCACAGGCCACAGUGUCAGGAUCAUGUACAGUGUUUAGGGAGAGCCCUGUGAACAUUUUGUCUGUGAUUGAGUCUGUGUCACCACACCUACAGCACAGUAUGCCUUACCCUCAAGGGUGGGUCUCGCCCCUUGUCUGGCCGAGCCUCAGGAUGGAUGAAUGAAUAUGCUGAAUAUACGGUUUUAAGAGCCGUCCUGUGGCGUGAUUAUCUUUUAGUAAUCUGGAGAUGAUUCCUCGUAAAAAAAAUAGCUUUUGAAUCACAAAGUGAGUUUGUGGCCGACAGUAUUAACCUGGAGGACGACACUGUAACUGAGGAGAUUAUAAGCAGGUGCUGUCGCUCUUGUGCAGAUUUGGCACAAGAUUCUGCACCAGAUGAAUGACAUCAUGUUUACACCAGAGAACAACAGGACUGUUUUGUUCAACCUAAACAUAUUUAGUAAGUUAUUUUGAAAACAAGCUCUUCACCUGUAUAUUUUAUAUUGACGGGGAAGGAGCUAGCUGCUAAUGAUUGAAUUCAUAUUGUAAAUGUGUAUAUUGUGUUGUAUAAAGUUUUUUAAUUAAAUAUUAUUAUUUCAA